AUGGAUAGAAAAAAGCAUCGCCAUUAUUUGAUAACAAACCAAUUAUUUACCUGUAGUUCUUGUCAUUGUCAUUUACUUGAUCAAAAAUCAAUUAUAUCAAGAACAUUUCAAGGCAGGAAUGGACCUGCUUAUCUUGUGAGUGAUGUGGUGAAUGUUACGAUUGGGACAAGAGAAGAAAGAAUGUUAUUGACGGGCAUUCAUACUAUAGCAGAUAUUGUAUGCAAUCAAUGUCAAGUCAAAAUAGGAUGGAAAUACAUGAGAGCAUUAGAAGAACCUCAGAAAUACAAAGAAGGAAAAUACAUUGUAGAGAAAUCAAGAGUAUCAAAGGACUUUGAAUGGUCAUCCUAA